GCAGUAGUAACCGUAUAUCUUGCGUGUUUGGUGUGCUCUCUAUUCAACGACCAACAAAUUUGCAUUCGACGCACGAUUAAGGUGUUUCAGGAUAACAGCUGUUUGCAGCCCCUUUGCAAUUUAGUUUUUAGAAUGAAACGCACACGCCACGUGAUCACCCUGUUAUGCUGCGCCGCGCUUUUUCAAAAGAAAGUACUCGCCUAACCGGUACAACACAGGGUGAAUCGGUACCACAGUAGAUUUUACUCUUUCAUGAUUCACGGUCCGCUUGUGUGUGUUGGUGAGAUCGUGGGAAGCCGCACGGUUUCGACUGACAUUUUCUCGUUCUGCGUGUUCGGAGGCGCUUGGUUGCAAAAGGGUUAGAAAACUUGUAUUUUCUUCAUUACCGUCAAUCCGUAAGUAAGACUAUUGCGUCGGGUUGGGGUAAGCGCGUCCUUCACGCGUCCAGCGACAAUGGCCGGCGGCUCGGGCACGAAGGUGGUGCAAAUCACCAACAUUGCUCCGCAGGCCACCAAAGACCAGAUGCAGAAUCUGUUCGGCCAUGUCGGUAAAAUUGACGAAAUUCGGCUCUACCCGACGAUACGGGACGUGUCGUGUCCGGUCGUGUCCCGAAUAUGCUAUGUGAAGUAUUUCGAGAGUAGCUGUGUUGCGGUUGCCCAGCACCUCACCAACACGGUGUUUAUCGACCGCGCACUGAUCGUGAUUCCGGUGCAGGGCGGAAUGAUUCCGGACGAGUACAAGGCGCUCGAGAUGGCGGCGAAUGGAACGCUGGUCCCGGGGCUGCACAGCAUCAGCACCUCGUCGAAGCUUCCGCCGGAAGUGGUGAACCGUAUCGACGGGAUGGUACCGAAUCAGGUGGUAAAAACAAUCGACCCGAAGCUAGAGGAGAACGGACUGCCCGAGUACCCGCCGCUUCCGGUAAACUUCGACGCGAAGAAGAUCGAAGAAACGCGUCGCACGGUCCUGGUGCUCGACAUUCGUUCCGACUGGCGUCUGGAGGAGUUGAUCGAACAUUUCAAGCCGGCUGGCGAGAUCAAGUACGCACGGUACGCGGAAAAUGAGCGCACCAAGUUCGCCCUGCUGGAGUUUUGCGACCAGCGGAACAUCAUCAACGCUUUCAAGAUGCACGGCACCGAGUUCCGGGGUUACCGUGUCUGCGUGCACCAUUCGACACAGCCGAUCGUGAAGCCGGAAGCGAAGAGCAACGAAGCGGCCCAGAAGGAGAUCGAGGAGGCGAUGUCGAUCGUGAAGGAGGCGCAGAGCAUGAUUUCGGCGGCAAUUGAUCCCGUGAUCGGUAUGCUGUCGAAGGACAAACCGAGCAGUCGACGCCGUUCACGCUCCCGUUCGCGGUCCAAGGAGCGCCGCUCGCGUUCUCGUUCGCGCAAACGUUCCAAGUCGCGCACCAAACGUUCGCGCUCCCGCAAACGUUCCCGGAGCCGCUCGAAAAGAUCUCGCUCCGCCCGCCGUUCGCCGUCGAUCGUGAAACGUUCACGUUCGAAAUCGAAACGCUCACCAUCGCGUACUAAGCGGUCGCGUUCCCGGUCGAAAAAACGGUCCCGUUCCCGCGACCGUCGGAAGCGUUCGCGCUCGAGACGCCGCAGCCACACGAGAUCACGCGAACGAUCGAGGCGUUCACGGUCGCGCUCAAAGAAAAGAUCGCGUUCACGUGAGCGGCGCGAGAGGAGCGAGCGGAGCCGCGACCGUAAGAAGUCGUCGCAUCGCACCAAGGAGGAGCGCAGGGCCCGCCGGUCAUCGCGUUCGCGCUCACGAAGCCACAAGCGUUCGACCUCCAGGGCGAACCGUGUGAAGGAUGCAACCGGAAAGACUUCUUCGAAGCGCCGCAGCCGCACCCCGUCCGAUAAGCGGCUGAAGAAAGUGCUGGAGGAAUCGGUGAGCCGUGACUAUGAUGCCGAAGAACGGUUGGCUUCCGGGAUGGAGGAUGACGCAGGUAGCGUUAAGCAACAGUCGGUGUCUUCGCCUCCGCCCGCCACCGGUGGCAGCACUGGCGGUUCAUCGUCCUCAUCCGGAUCAGUGGCCCCAGCGCCGAUGACGCGCGAGAAAACCGCCAGCCCGACAACCGAGAAAUCGGACAAUAUGGACAUUUCCAAUUCACCGUAAAUCCACAAUUUGCUCAGAUCGUAACGUGCCGUGUCCUUGCGAAUGUGCCACGUGAACAUUUGAAACUCGAAUUGUGUCACUUAUUCUAGCCACUCUAGCUUCCGGGAUUCAGAAACAUCCGUUUUUUCAGUGUGCAUAUUUUACCCUUGUGUCUCUACGGUGUUUUCUUCUCCACGCUACCUUCCCGUUUCCUGUCUGUGUCAUACGUAUGUGCGACAAUUUAUUUUGUAAAGAUGCUGCUUCCCGAACAGCGCGGGAAGCUGCAUUUGCCGAGUAUGAUUCAACU